AUGUUUGAUGUCAGUCACAUCUCACAGGAUGAACACAUGAGGACGCAGUUGAACAAAUACCAUACUUCUGCAGUUGUGAAUAGCUUUCCUUUUCCAAUUUCAGUUGGACUACGCCCUGAAGUACGUCUACGUGCCUUACAAUCUGUCUGUGAAUGGUCGCGAUUCGAAGAAGAUCAUCAGUGCGAAGCAGACGACCUAUUCAACGAUUGGCAGAAACUAUCAACUGAUGUAUAG